AUGGACAAGAAGAACGACAAGGUUUUAAAAAGAAAACGCGAGCCUGACAACGAUGAGUUCUACGAAAAUCAGGAAAAUAUUGAAACGCCUGCAAUAAAACAGCAACGUAUGGAUCAUCGUCUGCUCAUUUCUUCGUUGAUGCUCAUCGAUAGAACCGCCAGCGACGGUAAUGGUAAAAUGUCACUUGGGCGCGAUUUCGUUUCGUUGGCAAUGGUAAUGGAUGAACCUGAAAUACUUGAUGUUGACCGUACUGAGAUGUGUUUCCGAGCAUGUGAGCAAGCGGAUGAACUCGCAUGUGCUGAGAGCGAACGCCGUCUUCUAACUUGGGCGAUCGACUGGACGAGGCAGGUGGCGGACAUGGAAGACGCUAUCAGCAACGCGGAUAAGAUCGCGCUGUUGCGGGCGUGCUGCGUGCCUUUGACUCUUCUGGAGCUGGGUGCGCGGUCUUGUGCAACUGCUGCACAAGCGAAAACAAGCUGUGCAGCACUGCAGGUCCUUCCCCUACCCAAUAAUACAUACCUGAGCACGGAUAUGCAAUCCCCGAAGAACUGCUUUCUAUCGGUGAAUGCUAUUCGUGCAUUGCUACAAUGGACCACGCGUCAUUUGAAACAGCUUCAACUGACGCCAAAGGAGAUGGUGCUUCUAAAAGCGCUCAUUGUGGUCAAUGUUGGUGAGCGAAAUUUCCCGAUUUUUUCAAGUAAGCUAAAGAAAGGUGAAGAAAUAAGCCCAAUUCACAAGUGA